CUGCUCUCGCAAACACCAAACACUCGGAAGAGGAGCGUCGGGCGCAGGACAAAGCCUUCAGGCCUAGACAGGGCCGUGAGAGCCGCGAGCCAAUCUCAUGGCACCCACCGCGUUCCAGCUCCGCCAGGCCUCCGCCGGCUCGGUGCUCUCCGAGGACACACGCGACGACCACCUGCACCUGUCCGACAUUGCGUCGGUUGGCACGGAGGAGGGCGACACGCCCGACGUGUCGACGGUCAAGCAGCGCUUGUCCCUCUUCCAGCGGCUGCGGCAGAGGUGGCUGCUCGGCCGGGCCGCGGGCAAGAUGGUCAAUCCGGAGGCGUCGCGACUCGUGCCGCGCAGCGGCAGCUCCAAGUCGCGCCGCUCGCGCCGGCAGAGCACGAUCAACGUGCCCUCCGCGCUGCUGCUGCGCGCGCUGAUCGCACGGCUGGAGAAGCGCGGCGUGGACGUGGACGGCGAGGCUGCGGAGGAGCUGUCCCUGCUGCUCCGCUGGCACGUGCGGCACGGCCUGCAGGAGUCCUCUCUUUGGCUCGUCGACGCUUUCGACCAGCUGUCGACCGGAGGCUGGGAGCAGGCUGCCGAUCGGACUUCGGGGCUCGUGUCUGCGCCGGGGUGGGACGGGAAGAGGGAGGCGCUGGCGGACCGGUUCAUCGACGGGCUCUGCGCGCUGAUGCGGCGCGCGAACUCCCGCAGGACGUGCGCGAAAGAGGGGAGUGGCAGCUUCGGGAUUGGUCAUCCGCCACCGACUAGGCGCGCGAACUACCGCAUGAUGUCCCAAAAGGAGUGGCAGUUCGCGCAGGCCGAGUCGUUUAUGUUUGUGAUGCCGGUCGACGUUGCGUGGGAGGCGCUCGAUUCGUCGCUCAUCUCGCGGCUGUUUGUGCUGCGCGGCGCCGGCAUCGACACGCAGAGGAUCAACCUCGGCCGGCUGAUCCCGUCGUUUUGCCUGCUGCUGCGCCGUUUCUUCCUGCGCCGCUACCGCACCACCCACGGGGCCGAACCCAGGCUGGAUUCGACCACUGCGGAGGUGCGGUACUAG